AAAGAAUUGGCAGGACACCUGAAAAUGACCAGAAGGAAGAUAUACUGGGUCCCCAGGUCUUCUGGUGACCUUGUGAAUCUCGGCUUGGAUGUAGAUGAUGACAUGGUUUCAGGAUUUAGCUAUAAAACUUUCACUCUUGAAGACAGCCCCUGGAGCCAGCAGGUGAGGGAGCCCGAGGCACCAGAGAUGGGAAGUACAAUGCUGCCUGGAGAACCACGAUUCCCUUCUGUCGGAAGCCAAAUGCUGAGGGGCACAGAUAUGUGGGUGUAUAAAUUGGUCAUCUCCAGCCAGUUGUUCUGUGGGCGCCUCAACAUCAGGUACCUCCAGGUGCUCCACUGCUGCCCCCUGAUCCACGACCUGGGAAUUCGGCCCUUCGGAGACCUGACGGAGAUCGGGGAACGGGGCCUCAACCUCUCGGGGGCGGGAGGGCAGAAGCAGAGGAUCAGCCUGGCCAGAGCCGUCAACGUGAACCGUGAGAUCUACCUGCUGGACGACCCCCUGUCGGCCGUGGACACCCACGUGGGGAAGCACGACUUUGAGGAGUGCGUUAACAAGGCGCUCAGGGGGAAGACCGUCGUCCUGGCGACCCACCAGCUGCAGUAUUUAGAGUUUUGUGACCAGAUCAUUUUGUUAGAAGACGGGAAAAUCUGUGAAAAAGGAAUUCACAGUGAGUUAAUACAGAAGAAGGGGCGAUAUGCCCAGCUCAUCCAGAAGAUGCAUGGAGAAGCCAUACAGGGUGUGUUUCAGGGCAUAGCAAAGGCAGCAGAAGAGCUACAGGUGGAAGGUUACCUGGUCUCUGCCAUGGUUUUCCUCCUCCUGGUGAUGACGGACUUCUUCACAAUGUUCAACUUGUGGUGACUGAGCUAUUGCCUGGAGCAGGGUUCAGGAGUGAGUGCCAUGGUGGAGGUGGGGUGCAUUUCUGUGGGCUUGGGUGGAGUGGGGGAAGACUCUCUUAUUGCCUUUUACCAACUGGUGUAUGGCCUCAGCGCCCUGUUCGCAGUCUGCAUGGGCAUCUGCACCUCAGCGGCUUUCACCAAGGUCAUGAGGAAGGCACCCACAGCAUUGCACAACAAGCUCUUCAACAAGGUAUGGCGCUGCCCCAUGUGUUUCUUUGACACAACCCCAACAGGCCGACUCCUGAACUGCGUUGCAGGGGACUUGCAUGAGCUGGGCCAAUUCUUGCCCACUGUGGCUGAACAGUCCCUGCUCCUGAUUUUGGUAGUGACCACAAUGCUGAUGAUUGUCAGUGUGGUGUCUCCCUCUGUCCUGUUGAUGGGAGUAAUACUCAUUGUUUGCCUUGUUUAUUUUUAUUUAUUUAUUUAUAUUUUUUUGCGAAUGUUCAAGAGGGCCAUCAAUGCGUUCAAGAGCCUGGAGACCUACAGUUCCCUUUAUUCCCACAUCCUCACCACUCUGCAUGGCCUGAGCUCCAUCCAUGUCUAUGGAGAAACUGAAGAUUCCAUCAGCAAGUUUAAAAGGCUGAUGUAUGCACAAAAUAACAACCUGCUGAUAAUGUUUCUGUCUCCCACGCGAUGGGUGGCACUGAAGCUGGAGCUCAUGACCAACAUGGUGACCUUGAUGGUGGCCUUGUUCACGCUCUUUGGCGUUUCCUCUGCCCCCUAUUCCUACAAAGCCAUGGCUAUCAGCCUUGUCCUGCAGCUGGCGUCCAACUUCCAGGCCUGUGUCCAGAUUAGUUCAGAGACAGAGGCGUACUUUACAGCUGUGGAGAGGAUGCUGCAGUACAUGAAGAUGUGUGUCUCUGAAGCUCCUUUACACAUAGAAGGCACGAACUGUCCCCACGGGUGGCCACAGCAUGGGGAAAUCACAUUCCAGGAUUAUCAGAUGAAAUACAGAGACAACAUGCCUAUUGUCCUCUAUGGCCUCAACCUGAUGAUUCUUGGCCAGGAAGUGGUGGGCAUAGUGGGAGGGAUGGGCUCUGAGAAGUCCUCCCUGAAGAUGGCUCUCUUCCGCCUGGUGGAACCAGCCGCGGGCCGCAUCCUCAUCGAUGGCGGCAUCUGCAGCCUCGGCCUGGAGCACCUGCUGUCCAAGUUCUCGGUUAUCCCUCAAGAUCCUGUCCUGCUGUCAGGGACCAUCAGGUUCAACCUGGACCCCUUUGACCACUGCAUAGAUGAGCAGAUCUGGGAUGCCUUGGAGAGGACAUCCUUGAGCAAGAUGAUCUCAAAGUUGCCGCAAGGCCUGCAAGUAGAAGUUGUGGAAAAUGGCUUGAACUUCUCGGUGGGGCAGUGGCAGCCGCUCUGCAUCACCCGGGCCCUCCUCCGCAGCUCCAAGAUCAUCCUUAUUGAUGAGGCCACGGCCUCCACUGACUUGGAGAUGGACACCCUGAUCCAGUGCACAAUCCGUGAAGGCAUCCGGGGCUGCUCGGUGCUGAUUAUCGCACACUGCGUCACCACCAUCCUCAACUGUGACUGCAUCCUGUUCAUGAGCAACAGGAAGGUGGUGGAGUUUGACAGGCCUGAGGUCCUGCAGGAGAAGCCCGGGUCCAUGUUCGCAGCCCUGCUGGCAACAGCCAGUUCUUUGCUGAGCUCAGGAGAAGGGAGACUGCAGUGA